ACGUGAUGACAAUGCAAAAGAAACCCAAGCAGCAAAAGCGCUUAGUCGUCGCGACAAUGUUACUGAGGAGUCGAAGCUACCAGCUGUUAUCAUGUUCAUUGUUGCCGUUACUGGUUUGCUGACUUUUUAUCAGCAUUUCGAAUAUUACUGCCUUGUACGCUCGUAUUGUAAUGAAACGCAGCUUUAUUCCAGGUGUCAGCCGGUAUAUAGCGACACAUGGUUUGGAAAUCGAACAAAUCCUUUCUCUCCGGCAUAUCAAAAUACAGUUUCUCUUUGUGUGUUGAUUUAUGUGCUGACAAUGAUCAUCUUGCCCAUUAUUCUUCUAACUGUGCUUAAUCUUAUGCUACUUUGUGCACUACGCAGACGACAGAAGCAUCUGGCAAUCUCCAAUGAUGUUGCGGCAAGGCGUACCAACGAAAUUCAGAUGCAGAAGACUGAACAUCGAGUCACGUUGACAGUCUCUUUCAUAGUUACAAUGUUCACUUUGACGAAUGGUCCGUCAGCGCUGAUGCAAUUAGUCCGAACUGCUUAUAACCUCCCACAACAAGAUUUAUAUGAUCUCACUAUGAUUUGCAGUACUCUUGUGAUUUUUGGAAAAGCGUCGAACUUCAUUUUGUUCUGCCUCGGUUCCCGCCACUUCCGAUUGAGGCUGAUUCGGCUCGCACAAAAGAAAAUGCACAAAAAAAUCGGUCGAGUAACAGGUCUACCAGCAAGACUACCAUAUCUUCAUAGCAUUGUACAGUAUCUGUGCAAUGACUCCACAUCUACUUUUCGGGAAGGUAUAACGCUUGAAAUAUAGUA